ACAGCCAGGCGCCAUUUUGAUCAAGUCACAUGACCGCUCACCUUCAUAUUCCGCGAAACAGUGCGAGUCGGGCGAGGGCCUGUCAACAGUGAGAAGAUCGUAAGCUCUCGGCAACCAACUGUAGAUUCUCAGUGAUGAGGUUGCAACGGAAGCUUGCGUUUACUUCUUGAUGCUGCACACGAGAGGCCAUUGUGCAUGGAUGUAUAUCAUAGUUUUGGAGUUUAUCAGUAACAUUUGAACGGAGUUAUAAUCGUGUGUGAGGUCGGUUUUCUCAGUGGAAAGGAAUACUCUCUCUGUGGUGGGCUUGUGUCAAAAUACACUCUCGCCUCUCACAGGUUUCCGAACUAGUCGUGAUCGACCGUUAUUAGUGAUCUACUAUAGAAAGCCCGUCAGAUCGCUGUGAAAUGAAAGAAAAGGGGCUUGUGAAAUAGCCUAAUACAGUAUGGCGGGGGCCAAACCCGGCGUGCAUGUCGUCCAGCUCAGGCCCAUCCGUGUUCCGGAGAUUCUGAUCAAAGGACACAAGUUUAUCAAAUGGGAUGAUAGCUCAACAGUUGGAUCUCACGUGACCCUGAAAACAGACCAAAAUGGCUACAUUAUCUACUGGAAGGACCAAACCAGCAAGGAGAUGGAUUUUAUUGAUAUCUCCCAGAUACGAGAUACGUGAACAGGGAAAUAUGCCCGUGUACCCAAGGAUUCCAAACUGCUAGAUUCGUUACAGAGCGGAGGAGGAGAUGGAUCGCUGGAAGAUCGAACUCUUUCUGUCGUGACGGGCAGCGACAUGUAUAACAUGGAAAUGACAAACUUUGUGACAACAUCGAAGGAAGUAGCAAAGGAAUGGGCAGAAGAGCUGUUACAAUACUCAACCAAUCUCCUGGCAAUCAAUGGCAGCUCGUUGUCAUUCCUUGAAAAGGCAUACACUCGCAUCAGCUUCAUCCAGAGCCCGGAUGGAAAGAUUCCCACAAAAAAUAUCCUGAAGAUGAUGGCACAGAACCGAGAUGACCGGCGCCGCGUAGAGAAGGCCCUGGAAGCUGCAGGAUUCCCCACAGAGAAGAAUGGCACAGUUGACCCCAACAAAUUCACAUUUGACAAUUUCUUCAACUUCCAUCACCAGCUUGUUGGAAGGACAGAAGUUGUCAAGGUUUUUGAAGAAAUGGGGGCCAAAAAGAAGCCAUACCUGACAGUGGAGCAGUUUACGGAGUUCCUCAACAAACACCAGCGAGAUCCGCGGCUCAAUGAGAUCCUCUACCCAUUCUACACGGUAGCACGGGCUCAGGAACUCAUAGAUCAGUAUGAAACCAAAACUGGGAUGGCACAGAAAGAGGAAGGGCACCUGUCACAGGAAGGGUUCCUCAAGUUCCUGAUGAGCGAUGAUAACAACCUUGUUCCUCCUGAGAAGCUGGAUCUCAGUGAGGAUAUGGACCAACCUUUGUCUCAUUACUUCAUCAACUCCUCACAUAACACUUAUCUCACAGGUCACCAGUUCACUGGUAAGUCCUCGGUGGAGAUCUAUCGCCAGGUGCUGCUCAGUGGGUGUCGAUGUAUUGAACUGGACUGCUGGGAUGGCCGUGGACAAGAUGAAGAACCAGUUAUCACUCAUGGCUUUACCAUGUGUACAGAAGUACCAUUCAAAGAUGUGAUAGAGGCUAUCGCAGAGAGUGCCUUCAAAACCUCGGACUAUCCAGUAAUUCUCUCCUUCGAAAACCAUUGCACUCCUCGCCAGCAAGCCAAGAUGGCCCAUUACUGUCGGAGUAUAUUUGGAGAGAUGUUGUUGACUGACAUCUUGGAGGAAUAUCCUCUGGACCCCAGCGUUCACCUCCCAUCUCCAGAACUGAUGAAGAGGAAGAUACUUGUCAAAAACAAAAAGAAACAUUUCCAUAAAACACCAGAAGAAGAAAAAUCCACUCCAACCAAGGUAUCAGCGAAAACCUCCGAGCCAAAACCUAAAGUCACUGAAGAGGCUGCAGAAGAGAUACCCCCAGCAGAGAAACCACAAGAAGACUCAGAAACAAAAGCUAUAACAAAGACUCUGUCAGUUUCUAGUGAAGGUGGUGGGGAGAAGGCAGAGGCUCCAUCAGAGGGUGGGGCAAAGACUGAAGGGGGUGCCGAAGAGGAGAUUUUCAACAGUGAAUCUGAAUCAGAGGACAGUGAAGAAGAAGAUGAGAUUCCAUCUGAUAUGAUAUCAGAGGAAGAGAAGAAGAGACGACAGCGGGUGAAAAAAGACAGGGGUACAGCAGGCAAGGAAGCUGAGGCUGCCAUGGAGAUGUCACUCCUCGUCAACUACAUACAACCAGUGCAUUUCCACGCCUUUGAUGUAUCAGAGAAGCGUGAUAGAAGCUACGAAAUCUCAUCAUUUGUGGAGACACAAGCUGCAAGUUUGCUGAAUCAGUACCCAGUGGAAUUUGUCAACUACAACAAACGCCAGUUAAGUCGAAUCUACCCAAAAGGAACUCGAGUGGACUCCAGCAACUUCAUGCCACAGAUUUUCUGGAAUGCAGGCUGUCAGCUUGUGGCACUGAACUUUCAAACUCUGGAUCUCCCGAUGCAGUUGAAUAUGGGAACAUUUGAAUAUAAUGGUAGAUCUGGAUACAUACUCAAACCAGACUUCAUGCGUCGAAAAGAUCGCCACUUUGACCCCUUUGCGGAGUCAACAGUGGACGGGAUUGUCGCAGGCACUGUUAGCAUGAAGGUAAUCUCAGGACAGUUUCUGUCAGACAAGAAAGUGGGCACAUAUGUAGAAGUGGACAUGUAUGGACUGCCGACAGACACUGUCCGAAAGAAGUUCCGAACAAAAACCAUUCCAGCUAACGGCAUUAACCCUGUCUAUGGUGAAGAGGCAUUUGUUUUCAAAAAGGUGGUAUUGCCAAACUUGGCGACUAUCCGUAUUGGUGUGUUUGAAGAAACAGGGAAAUUAAUUGGACAUCGAGUUUUACCUGUUGAAGGACUACGACCAGGUUACCGCCAUAUUCCACUCCGUAAUGAAUGUAACCAGCCACUGCCGUUACAGACUUUGUUUGUUCACCUCAGCGUCAAUGACUAUGUUCCUGAUGCAUUUGCUGGCUUUGCCGAUGCAUUGUCCAACCCACGCGAGUACUUGUCGAAACAACUCAUGGCAGAGAAACAUGCCCAGCAGAUGGCUGUACUGUUUGACGAUGACGGUGAAGGAACACAAGAUGUUCCCGAGAAAGGACCACAGCGUGUAGACUCAAUACUGAGUAGGAAAAGUGUGACCAAUUCAAGCGUAAAGACUGGCACUUCAGCGUCACAGAUCGGUAAACAGAUUCCUCAGACAGUUCCUGAAAGGACACUGGUCAAGCAGGAGAGUACACAGUCUGGAGCUAGCCAGGGAAGUGGCAGUCCAGCACCCAGUGCACUCACUCGUAUACCCUCCUCUCACCCAGGAGUUGAGAACGGGACAUCCUCAGUCUCUGUGGCCCAGACAACAAAACUCAAUGAUCCUGAAAUUCUGACACCCACCCCUUUGUCUGCCCUGAAACAGCAGAAACCAUAUCUGAAGGUUGCUGGGAAGCGGGACAAGGAACUGGAAUCAUUGCGGAAAAAACAUGAAAAAGCCCAGGAGAACAUGAUUGACCAACAUGCCCAACAAGUGGAAAAGGUGGCCUCCAGUCAGGAGAAGGCUGCCCGGACUCUGGACAAGACACACUGCAAGCUGCUCAAGAAAGCUGGGAAGAUGGGGCAGGGUCUCGGGGAGGUCCAGGCCAAGUGCUUCGAGGAAAAGACACAGUUUGAUAAGGACAGAGAACAGCAGAUCCGUGAACUGAAACAGAACCAGACUCAGAUCUAUGUGGCGCUAUGCAAAGACCAUUACCAAGCAGAAAUGAACAUUUAUUUACGUCAUCAUGAUGCGAUAUACAGCUCACUACAGCAGCUCUUAGAUACCAGCCAGGCUGGUCACAACAAGAGGUUAGAGGAACUGCAUGACCGAGAGGUAGGGGAGCUCAAGAAGAAGAUGGACCAACAGAACAGGGAGCAUAUGAAGGUUCUAGCCAAGAAACACAAGGACAAACAGGAGCUUUCAAGAAUAAAGAGAGAGGCACAAACAAAACAUAUCCAGGUUGUGGUCCAAGAAAGACAGAGGUUGAAGGACAUUCUGGAGAAGAAGAAGGAGGAACUGAAGAAGAACCUUGAGGCAGUACAGGUGGAGUUUGAGCAGGAGAAGGAGGACGCCAUAAAAAAGUAUCAGGAGGAGUUUGUCCAGAAAUGUGACAGUAUCAUGGACCAAUACAAGGACAAAGUCCCAACCCCAGGAGCAGAUGGGUCAGGGUUCCAGGCUGACAGCCAAAUGUCACCUCUGAAAACCCCCUCCGAUACAUCCUCCCCCUCUCGAUCUUCAGCUCAUUCCAUUCCCUCAAAGCCCUCUUCUCCAGUUCCAGUAGAAGAGAAGGCAGGGUCACAUUUAAAUGGCGGGUCAAAAGUUAACAGUCGUGAGGAGAUGACAGUUAUGUAGAUUUUAAGCCAGUUAACUAGCAUAAUCAAAUGUUGAUGUAAAAUAUUCAUUAAUUUAUUCUCCUUAUUUUAGAGCAAUUGAAUGUGUAAUCUUUGACAAACCUAUUUGCUCACAUGUUUAGAUGUGUAUAGAGACACAAUGUUUUAAAGUGAAGCCAAGUUUCACCUUGUAUGUAUUUUGAAUGUUUAUGUGUAAAUAAUGCAACAAUUUAAGAGGGACUUUUAUAUGAAAGGUAUCAUAUUUCAUGAUCUAGAAAGUUUGAAUUUUGUAAGACAUCUGAAGUUUAAAAUGAAAACUACUCCACCCUGUAAAUAUUUAGUGUAGAACAGUUUUACCCCAGGGUUUUGAACUAUGCCAAAAUGGCUGACACGACUGGUGUGUAGCAUGUAUUAUGCUAUUGUCAUAUAUAGUAGACACUCUGCAUAGCAAAGUAUCAAGUGUCAUCCUAAAAGGUAUAAACAAGAAGCUAAAAAUAUAUAUAUGCCAGAACUAGAUGAUAGGAAAAGGUAAUUGAUAUGAUUCAGAUAAAUUGUGCCUCAAAAACCAGAAAACUGUGUAUUUAAGUUAGAUUAAUGACGGACUGUGCCGAAAGGUUUCCAUUGUCUGUGUGUAAUUAGGGUGUGGUUUACUGCCACUCUGAUCUACAUCAUAAAAGUUGUUAGCAAAGUCGAUGUGAAAUUACUUUGAUCAAACAUGCCAGUUUGCCUGUUUGUUUGAGCGGAGUCCGUCUUUAAAGACUUACACCAAAUCAUGAUGGACAGAUUUAUUCUGUAUAAAAAACGAUUUUAUGUAAUAGGCCAAGAAUUUCAUGCAGAUUUUACAUCUGAGAAAUCUGUUAUAUCAACCCCAAAUCAUCAUAGCAUCACCCUGUAAGAUUUGUAAACUGUUACCGUAUAUAUCAUUUCCAGUGACCAAAUCUGACCAUUUUUCAUGUAAGAUUCCAAGCACUAAAGAGAAUGGACUGGGUUUUAUCUAUGAAAAUAGAUACAGUUUGAGUGGUAAAACAUGUAGUCCACAUGUCAUAUCCCCACACAUGAUCUGCAGGGCUGUUGCUAAUCUUCAAUACCCUAUAAGUAUCAUUGUCAUAGUAUGAUACUUUCUUAAAGUAUUGUUGCAAUAGGAUACUUCCACAGUAUCAUAUUAUGAUUCUCUGUAAGUAUCAGUGUAUCACAAUAUUCUGUCGACAAUACGGUCCAUAUACUUGGUUCAUUGUGACAGUCUAAGCAUCAGUGCUUUAAAAUAUUCUGUACA